AGGUUCGGAUCGCUGCGGUGGAAGCCCUCUGUAUGUUGGCUCAGUCCUCGCCUUCUUUUGCGGAGAAAUGCCUGGAUUUCUUGGUUGACAUGUUUAAUGACGAAAUUGAGGAGGUGAGGUUGCAGUCAAUACACACAAUGAGAAAAAUUUCCAACAACAUCACGCUGCGGGAAGACCAGCUGGAUACUGUGUUAGCUGUCUUGGAGGAUUCUUCGAGGGACAUUCGGGAAGCACUUCAUGAACUGCUGUGUUGCACCAAUGUCUCAACUAAAGAAGGCAUCCAUCUGGCGCUGGUGGAGCUGCUGAAGAACCUGACCAAGUAUCCCACAGACAGAGAAUCCAUAUGGAAAUGCUUGAAGUUCUUGGGAAGCAGGCAUCCCACUUUGGUGCUUCCGUUGGUCCCAGAGCUGCUGAGCACACAUCCCUUCUUUGACACUCCAGAGCCAGACAUGGAUGACCCAGCCUACAUUGCUGUUCUGGUUCUGAUUUUUAACGCUGCGAAAAGUUGCCCAACAAUGCCUGCCCUCUUCUCUGAUCAUACAUUCAGACAUUAUGCCUAUCUUCGGGACAGUCUCUCCCAUCUGGUCCCUCCGUUAAGAUUGCCAGGUAGAAAGCUGGUGUCCUCACCUGUCUCUCCCAGUAUUACACCGCAUGAAGAUCCUUCCCAGCAGUUCUUGCAUCAGAGCCUGGAGAGGGUUUACAACCUUCAGCACCUCGACCCGCAGGGCAUACAGGAGCUGCUGGAAUUUACCAUCCGUGAUCUUCAGAGGCUUGGAGAGCUGCAGUCAGAACUGGCAGGGAUGGCAGAUUUCACUGCAACUUACCUUCGGUGUCAGCUGCUCCUCAUCAAGGCCUUGCAGGAGAAGCUGUGGAACGUGGCAGCUCCUCUGUACCUGAAACAGAACGCGUUGGCAUCUGCUGCAGCAAAACAGAUCUUGGAAGAAACUUAUAAAAUGGAGUUCAUGUACAGCGGCGUGGAGAGCAGGCAGGUGGUCAUCAUUCACCACAUGAGACUGCAGGCGAAGGCCUUACAGCUUAUAGUGACUGCUCGGACCACCAGAGGAGUGGAACCCCUUUUUGGAAUGUGUGAAAAAUUCCUACAAGAAGUAGAUUCCUUUCAGAGAUGUUUCAUCUCUGAGCUUCCACAUAUGCAAGGCAGUUUUGUAGAUAAAUUGCUGGACUUAAUGCCCAGGCUUGUGACAUCCAAGUCGUCAGAAGUGGUCAAGAUUCUUCAGACAACGCUGCGACAGAGUACCUUCCUCCACCUCCCUCUUCCAGAGCAGCUCCAUAAAGCUACUGCAAAUAUCAUUGAGCCUACUGGUGAGUCUGAUAAUCCUCUGAGGUUUACUUCGGGGCUGGUGGUGGCACUGGAUGUUGAUGCAACUCUGGAACAUGUGCAGGAUCCCCAAGGAACCGUUAAAGUUCAGGUACUCUAUCCAGAUGGACAAGCACAACUAAUCCAUCCGAAACCAGCUGACUUCCGAAAUCCUGGUCCUGGAAGGCACAGACUGAUAACUCAGGUUUAUCUCUCGCACACGGCCUGGACAGAGCCAUGUCAGAUUGAAGUGCGGUUGCUGCUGGCUUACAAUUCCAACAGGAGCAAGGCAUCUGCUAAAAUUCCUAAAUCUACCUGGAGCGAGAGCUUGGAGGCUCUCCCUCAACCUGAAAGCGGCAUAGAGGGGACCAUACCCUUCAGCAAACCCGUCAAAGUUUAUAUAAUGCCCAAACCUGCCAGACGGUGA